UCAUCUCUCUUUUUCAGUCUCUCCUGCUCUUCCUAUCAGAAGAUCGCGCUUUGUCUGUUUGGAGAUGUCGAGCGCCCAUCCAAUGACAUUAGGAAUCAAUAACUAACGCCCAUAUGAAAUGCAACUCACUAUCAAAGAGAGUAAAAACGGAAAACUCUUUAUUGCUCGGGGACCAUCACUAAGGAGUCAUGCCUACAUUUGCUCAAUUAACAGUAUUCAUCAAGAGACUGCCUGAUCUCUAUACAGUUGUCAAAGUUCCUCCUUCGGGGAGUCGAUCUGGCAGGCAAUGAGUUCUUACUUCGUUAAUUCCCUCUUCACGAAAUUUAAAGGAGGCGAUUCUCUGCGCUCCAGCUACUAUGACUGCUCCGGGUACGCGCAGGAUAUUGGAGGCAGACCGUCUGUGCUGUACGGUCACAACUCUGGAUCCGCGUUUCAGCACGCGGCUCAGUUCCCGGAUUUCUACCACCACGGUACAUCAUCCUUCUCCCACGCGUCUUACCAGCAGAACCCGUGCGCGGUAGCUUACCCUGGAGAUGCCACGGGUCAGGACAGUUUACAGAGACAGUCGUUCUUCAGCACACCAGAUGCGGAUUUUACGCAGUUUGGGGAUUGUAAUUUAAAGGUCAGCAGCAUCAGGGAUGAUCUGGAAGGUGCAGAACCGUGCACGGGGCAGCUCUUUCCAUGGAUGAGACCACAAGCUACCGGCCGGAGAAGGGGCAGGCAGACCUACAGCCGCUACCAGACUCUGGAGCUGGAGAAGGAGUUCCUGUUCAAUCCUUACCUGACCCGCAAGCGCCGCAUCGAGGUGUCUCACGCACUGGCCCUCACUGAGAGGCAGGUGAAGAUCUGGUUUCAGAACAGGCGCAUGAAGUGGAAAAAAGAGCACAACAAAGACAAGUUUCCCUGCAGCAAAGUGGAACAAGAGCAAAUCGAGAGAGAGAGGGAAGAGGGGAGCCAGGUAUCAGAAAAACACACAUCAGGAGAAGAGGACUCGGAGACUUCCAGUAAUUCUAAAUAAAAAAAAAAGAAACACCACUGCAAUCGAUCAAAUGCAAUUUAAAUAAAAGUCUGAGGUUUGUCUGUGGACACCCAAAGGCUAUCAAAUACAAAGCCAAUCAUAUAUUCCAUUUACUGCAGACUUGUUUCCAAACGGUGAUUAUUUCCGCUUAUUAUGGUUUGCUGAAUCAGUAUCAGUUUUGUAAAGUUUCACUGGUGUGAGUAGAUUACUCUUGAAGUUACUGUUGCAGAGAGGGCAUAUGAGGCGAAGGCUAUGGUCUGCAUGGCGUCAAUUUCCUCUCCAAAUUAUUAAGUCACAAUCGAAGAUAGGUUCUCUUCAGUAACUCUGUUAUAGCCUGUAAAAUGGGAUGAAGAAUCAGCAUUAGCGAGUGCAUUACUGUAUCUCUUACUGUAAGAAAAUGCAAUUUUAUGAUUGUUAAUUACUGUUCAGAAAUGAUUAUUCAGGUUUACAGAUCUUCAACCGAACUACCUAAUAUAUGGGUCAUUGCGUCAAUCAUUUUGUCAGUGUAUCCAUGCGUUAUGCUUUCCUGAGAGGGAUGGUUCAAACGCACAAUGUUAUUAUAUAAAAAAAAAAAUGCUGUGUAAAUAUUUGAUAUUGCAGUUCCGUGAAGCACUGUUCUAUUGUAUUUUCUAUUGUCUUUAAAUGGAAGUGGUUCCUGAAAGAAACCACAAUAAAAUCUAAGAAAAGAA